AUGCGACGCCGCGACGACGCGCAGGAGCGCAUCCUGAAGAGCAUACACGAAUUGUACGAACGAGGACCGAGCCCGGGGGCUGGGUCGUCGACGUCGCGAACGUCGAUCGGGUUGCUCGACAUCGCGAACGACGCGCUGCUCAGGGUGAAGUGCUUCAAGCCGAGGAAGAAGGUGAGCGCGAUGAUCAUCGGGAAUCACUCCGCGGGGAAGAGCUCGUUCAUAAAUUGGUACAUCGGAGAGAGCGUGCAAACCACGGGGGUUGCGAUCGAGACGCGUGGGUUCACGUUCGUGACGAGCGGAAGGAAGCGGGAGACGCUGAAGGGAGACGCGACGUUCGCGUUUUACGAUUAUUUGGAAGGCGUGCAGAACGUCGAGGGUUUGAAUGCGAACAUUUUUACCGAGAUUUCGACGAGUAAGGAGAAAAACUUUAGUUGCGUCGACAUCGUGGACUCGCCGGGGUUGGUGGAUGGCGAUAUGUGCUACCCGUUUGACGUGGCGAAAGUCAUCGAGUCGCUCGCCGACCACGUUGACUUAAUUUUGGUGUUCUUUGACCCGAUCGGUCAGGCGCUGUGUAAGCGCACGAUGAAGGUCAUCGAGGCGUUGAAUGAGAACCACGCGGACAAGCUGGCGUAUUACAUGUCGAAGGCGGACCAGGUAGAGAAGGAGCACGAUCGACAGCGGGUUUUGAUUCAGAUUACGCAAAACUUGAGCUCGCGAAUUAAGAAUUCGCACGCGUUCAAAUUACCGACGAUUUAUCUGCCACGAGACGAUUUGACCGUCCCAAUUCCGAACGCUAUCGAGGAGGUGUGUGAAGACAUCGAUAGAGCGAUUCGUUUGACGGUGCAGAAAAACCUGACGACGAUGAAGGAGGAUUGCACGCGCAUCGAAGAUCGCAUCGAUCAAGUUAUUAAAACGAACGAAUUGAACAAGAAGGAUAACUUGAAACGAUCGCUCCGUGGGAUCGCGCUGAUGCUCCUCGGGUGGGUGUUCUUGUUCUUGUCUAUUUACGUCGCGGCUUUGGAGAUUUGUGCGACGCCCGUCAUCGCCCACGGCUUGAGAACGCUUCUUCCGCGCGUCCCGCAACUCGAGGGCUUGCUCCCGCGAGAAGGGCAAAUUCGUUGGUCUGGUAUCAAGCACGGCGGUGCGUACUCCUUGAGUGCGAGUUUGAUAACUUAUUUCGUGAUCCAAUACAUCAAGCACGUCGUGUGGCGAUUGCAUACGUUGCUCACGAAGAAGGAGCUCGCGCGCUUGCAGCAGUACAAGCGAUACAUCGCCGGCUUCAUGUCCAUUCGCGAAGGUCUGUACAAGGAUUACUUCGCGCAAUUGCACCAAAGCUGA